AUGGCUGACCAAUGCAGCUUCCCAUUCCAUGCACUUGACAGUCUCUACCCAACACCGUCCUGCCCGUGUGCGACCUCCACAAAUAAAUUUAGCGCGUUGUGUGUGCGUCCCUAUGACACACACACACACACACACACACACACCUCAAAUGCUCUCUCAAACAAACUUCUCUCAAACCGACCAAACCAAUUCAUUCAUCUCUCUCUCUCUCUCUCUCUCUCUCUCUCUCUCUCUCUCUCUCUCUCUCUCUCUCUCUCUCUCUCUCUCUCUCUCUCUCUCUCUCUCUCACACAAACUCUCUCCGCCGCAACAGGGUCAGAGUCGUGCUCCACAUGGACAGAGUGCUUGUGAUCAAGUGUGUCUAGCAAAGUUCAACCUGACCCUGCCGCAUAAGCUACAGGGCUUUUUUGUUGCAGCCUGCAUUACCACUGGCCAGAACAUUGCAGGCAACAACAUCUCCUACGCUCAGACUCGCUUCUACACCCCCGAUGCCUAUACUUACGUGGGUGAUGGAGAUUGCCGCCCAAUCACCUCCGAUGUGCUGUACAAGACGCAAUACACGGGAACCAUCAACUACGAUGGUACCAACCGCAUUGACAAGUCCCUCUCCAUCGCCAAGCUUACAUUUUCCGACAGUUACAUUGCCCUCGGCAUCAACACUGCCACGUUCUACCUUGCCGCCCAGCUGAACCGGGACUGCCCCUGCAAUGGCACGUUUGCGCCUGGCGAGGCACGGAACAUUUCAGCCCUGGACUGUGGGGCGACUGACACAACCUACGCCGUCUGCCAGAUCAUUUCGGGAAAGACAGACUACUUCAAUUUCAAGUUUGAGAACAACUACCAAUACGUGACGAGUACCGAUUGCUUCGACUCGAUGCCCGACUGCUUGAACAAUCCCGUCAACCCAACUCAGCUGCGACAGUCAGUACCUUACAGCGGCAACACGGAUCCCAAUCGCUGCACGUAUGAUUUAUGGGCCAAAUAUUCAAUCCCCAUUGAACAGGCGGCCAACAAUUGCGAGGGUUGCACCGGCCUCGAAUGGUGCAACUGGUGCCUCUCACGCGUGUUCCUGCGCCUGUCCAGUGACGGCUGCCUCUUUCGUGAACUCAACCCGGAUUGGGAGCCCUCCUUGAGCGACCCCAAUAAUUUUGUCUGGACCGAGCCCUGCCCGUGCAUCUACCGCUACGCCGAGAAGUACGAGAAGACCUGGCUUCAGACUUACUGCUAA